AUGUUGGUUCUUGUGAACAGGAGUGCCACUAAGGAUUUCAAAGUGGGAAAAGGUUUACGGCAAGGUGACCCAUUAUCCCCCUUCCUCUUCAUUAUUGUAAUGAAAGGAUUAACUAAACUUAUGAAGAAUGCUAUGGAGAGAAGGAUGUUUCAUGGGUUUAAGGUUAACGAGAAAUGUACUUAUAGUAUAAUGCAAUUUACGGAUGAUACUCUAAUAGUAGGGAAGGGGAGUUGGGAUAAUCGUUGGUACAUCAAGGUCAUUCUCAUGGAAUUUGAAAUGGUAACAAGUUUGAAGGUCAACUUCUCAAAGAGAUGUGUUGGUGGAAUCAACCUAAAGGGAGACUUUGUUGAAGUUGCUUCAAACUUCCUCUGA